AUGUUGGGGAGCUGGAGUAUCAAAGCAAAUGCACCUGAAGAUAAUUUAUGGGUGGCCAUUUCUGUACAACAUCCUGAGCUAGGUAAUUAUUUCACAGCUACGUUGCGAGUCAAAAGGACGUCUAUCCAGAUAGCCAGGGACCCAGCCUUGUUCUUCUGGUUAAUGCCUCACCGAGUUGCCAUUUGGAUAUAUUGGCACGUAAGUUUGUUAAGCUCCAGUUAUUGUGGCUAUGGUGGAAAGGAGUUUCCUUUAUCCAACAUCCAAGAUAUCAUAGUCCAAAUUAUAGAGAAGAAGCUUUAUUACGUGACAGUCAACUUCAAAACAAAAUGGCUUUUGGACGGAAUGAGGAUGGCCAUCUGCAAGCUGAAGGUAGUAGCUCCUCCAGUGUUGCUGAGAAGAGUCAAAAUCCUCGCUGUUGUGUUUGGAGAGAUGCCAAAUGGCCCUGGUGUUGAAGAUGAAUGUUUAUGGGUAGGCCAACUUGCAGAUUCUCGUUCGAGGGAUAUGAAAUGGCAGCUGAGCAGUAGUUGGACUUGA